AACGUUUGUGCCGGGACCGGAAAAAAAAAAAGCCUGCGGUUAGUUGGAAGUGUCCUGCCAAGAUGUCUAUCAGUGUGCCAAUUAAAGUCCUGCAUGAAGUGGAAGGCCACAUAGUGACAUGUGAGACCAGCACUGGUGGAGUAUACUGGGGGAAGCUCAUUGAAGCAGAGGACAACGUGAACUACCAGAUUUCCAACAUCACAGUCACAGUCACAUACAGAGAUGGCCAAGUGGCACAGCUGGAACAAGUGUGCAUACGUGGCAGCAAGAUCCGGUUUCUGAUUUUGCCUGACAUGCUGAAAAAUGCACCCAUGUCAAACAGCAUGAAAAAUAAAAACCAAGCCUCAGGGGCUGGCCAAGGAAAAGCUGCUAUCCUGAAGGCCCAAGUGGCUGCCAGAGGAAGAGGACGUGGAACGGGGCGUGGAAACAUCUUCCAGAAGCGAAGAUAAUAUUCUCCAUUGAAGAGAACUUUGUCCUUUCUUCUCUUAGGUUUUUGGGUUUUUUUUGGGGGGGGGUUAUAUGUGCAU